CGUCCGAUUUUUCUUGCUUUUGUUGUCGAUUUUCAUGAUCCGCUUGUUUCUCGAGACAACGCUAGAAAAAUUGAAAACUUAAGAGAACGUGCCGUGUUUCGUUUAAAACCGUUGGAUGUUUAGUGCUUAGUUUUUUUGCUAAGAACUGAAUUUCCGUUCCGUUUUACAUUUUUUUUUUUGUUUCUUUUGUUGUUAUUCUUGAUACGUUUGUUCCCGAGAAAAUGCGAGAAAGUUUAAAAUGUUAAGAGAAAGAGCUGUUUUGCGUUCAGAGCCGUUCGUUGUUUAGUGUAUUUCCAUUCCAUUUUACUUUUUUUUUUUUUUCUUUUCUUGUUAAUUUCCUGAUCCAUGUGGUUCUCGAGAAAACGGGAGAAAUUUGAAAACUUAAGGGAAAGUAAUGUAUUGCGCUUUGCGCUUAAACCGUUGACAGUUUGGUGCUGAGUUUCCUAAUUAAGUUUGUGGAGUUAAUGACACGUAAUUUUCAUGUGUUUAAUUUCGUUGUUUUUCUUGGAAACCGAAGGGAUCGUUGGUUUCAGCUCGUUUAGAGGAUCCGUUGUGUUAUUUAAGUUGAUCAGGUUAUCCAACUGAUUAGAAGAUUGUUGGUAUUGAAAUGGGGGUAUAUCUGAGCCACCCUAAAACUGAGAAGUUCUCUGAGGAUGGUGAAAAUGAGAGUCUUCGAUAUGGGGUGUCGUCCAUGCAAGGGUGGCGUGCCACAAUGGAAGAUGCUCAUGCAGCUUAUCCUGAUUUGGACGAUUGUACAUCUUUCUUUGGUGUUUAUGACGGACAUGGAGGUAAAGCAGUGUCUAAGUUCUGUGCCAAGUAUCUUCACCAACAGGUGCUCAAGCAUGAAGCGUAUUCAGCUGGAGAUAUAGGCACUUCUGCACAGAAAGCUUUCCUCAGAAUGGAUGAGAUGAUGCGUGGACAAAGGGGUUGGAGAGAAUUAGCUGUAUUGGGAGAUAAAAUGGAUAAGUUUUCAGGGAUGAUUGAAGGGUUAAUAUGGUGUCCUAGGAGUAGUGAAGUUAAAGAUCACAAUGAUGAUUGGACUUUUGAGGAGGGCCCUCACUCAGGUUUUCAUGGACCAACUUCCGGAAGCACAGCUUGUGUUGCAAUCAUUCGAAACAAGCAACUUCUUGUUGCAAAUGCUGGCGAUUCUCGUUGUGUGUUAUCAAGGAAGGGUCAGGCUCAUAACUUGUCGAAAGAUCACAAGCCUGACCUUGAGGUUGAGAGAGAUAGGAUAAUGAAAGCUGGUGGUUAUAUACAAGCUGGGCGUGUUAAUGGAAGUUUAAACUUGGCAAGGGCUAUUGGAGACGUGGAGUUCAAGCUGAAUAAAGCUUUGCCUGCUGAAAAGCAGAUUGUGACUGCCAAUCCGGAUAUAAAUACUAUUGAGCUUUGUGAUGAUGAUGAGUUUCUGGUUAUAGCUUGUGAUGGGAUUUGGGAUUGCCUUUCAAGUCAACAACUUGUGGAUCAUGUACGGGAUCAGUUGGCCACUGAACUAAACUUUCUACCAUCUGUGAGAGAGUAUUUGAUAGGUGUUUGGCUCCAGUGGCUGGUGCUGAAGGAUGUGACAAUAUGACCAUGAUCUUGGUUCAGUUUAAAAAACCUUUCAAAGCUGGUGCUUCUGUGGGUGAUCAGCUGUCUGCUUGCUAUCAAGCACAUUCUCGAGAUGAGCCAUCUCCUUAUGAUCAACCAUCCAAGCCAGUAAGAAGUGCAGCAGAGACUGAAUCACAAUCCAGGUCCGAAAGAAAUCACACCAGGGCUGAAUAAUAAUCUGAAUCUGACAGAAAUCUGGCAAAAACUGAACUGAAGUAAGAGGAUCAAUUUCUGCUGAUAAAUUGGUAAUGCAUUGUCUACCAUCUGAAAUCUCUGGUGAGGUAAAGAAUUACAGGCCUCAAAUUUUUCAUAUAGAAAGUGAUUCUGAGGAUACGAUUGUAGAUAUUUAAAAGCAUUUUCAUUGAUUAGAUGAGCUUUGAUGACUUAUGUU